UUGCCCCAUCCUGCUUCUCUCUCUUCCCUUCUCACUAACUUAUUCAAUUACAGAGAGAGAAAGAUGAUAAAGUUGAGGGCGGCAAAGAGGUUCUCAAGAUCUAAGCUAGGUGGUAGUGGUGGUGGUGCCGCCGCAGCCCACGGCGGAGGCGGUGACAUCAAAUGGGAGCUGAGGCCCGGCGGCAUGCUUGUCCAGAAAAGAGAAAUCAACGACAACGCCGAUGAAGUAAUGAUCACAAUUAGAGUGUCAACUGUGUCGCAGAGCCACCAUAUUUCUGUCCGGCCAACCUCAACAUUCGGAGAAUUAAAGAUGGUAUUAUCAGUAUUAACAAAUCUGGAGGCAGAAGAGCAAAGAAUACUGUUCAAAGGCAAAGAAAGGGAAGACGAUGAGCACUUACACAUGGUGGGUGUAAGAGACAAAGACAAAGUGCUAAUGUUGGAGGAUCCGGCAAUCAAAGAGAGGAAGCUACUCGGGUUGGCCCGAAUACCCGGAUCCCCUUAUCGUACUAUUAGUGUGUAAUUAAUCAACACUAAUUAACUAAACCCUAACCAAUCUAACAACAUAUAUAUAAUUAAGCUUUUAUUAAUUAGUACUAUAUCAUAUAUAUAUAUAUAUAUUAAGUGGUGGUGGUGAUGAUGAUUAAUUAAAGUGUCUGAUCGAUCAUCAUCAUCAUCAUCAUCUACUUGGCUUAAGGUGGGGGGACUUUGUUUUUUGUAAGACACCCUUGUCGGGUCGGGCAUAUAUAUAUAUAGUGAAAUGUAAGGUGG